CUGGCGCUCUCUGCAAUGGAUGGAGAUGGAUCUCCACGUCAGCUCACGUCUCAAAAUUUCUGCUCCGCGGAUCUGCUUCAAAGCCACUGAAGCUGAAGCUCUUCUGUACAACGAUGCGAGGGAGCACUAUGGUAGUGGCGUGCCCAACCAAGUGUCAUGAUGGAUUUUGAUGAGCGAGUAUCCGUUGGGUCUAACAUGUAUUUGCCCAGCUGCACAUAUUACGUAUCUGGAACGGAAUUCUCCAGUCUUCCUCCUUUUCUUACCCAGACCCCGUCUUCUUGCCCCAUGACAUACUCCUACUCCACGUCCAAUCUGCCACAGGUUCAGACCGUUAGAGAGGUGUCUUUCAGGGACUAUGCCAUUGACACGUCCAGCAAGUGGCACUCCAGGGGCAAUCUGCCACACUGCUACGCGACAGAGGACAUGGUGCACAGGGACUGCCUGCCCAAUCCUGGAACUUUGGGGGACAUGUUGUCGAAAAACAACUCGGUUCUUUACCACUCCAACACGACCCACACAUCCAACGUCUAUGGCAGCGUAGGGAGAAACGGAGUGCUUCCCCAAGCAUUUGAUCAGUUUUUCGAGACAGCGUACGGGAAUGCGGAAAAUCAGUCGACAGAGCACCCGGUGGACAGAGCGACUAGCAAGGCGCUUCCACCCGCGGAAUCGGGAGAGAGCUGUCGGGGAACGGAGGAGACCGAGCGGUGUGAAGAGACGAGCAGUCCCGAGUCAUCUUCUGGAAACAACGAAGAAAAAAUCAGCGGCAACGGCAAUGGACAGAAGACACGAAAAAAGAGAUGCCCUUACACCAAGUUUCAGAUCAGAGAGCUGGAAAGAGAAUUUUUCUUCAGUGUUUACAUCAACAAAGAGAAAAGGCUACAGCUUUCCAGAAUGCUUAACCUCACCGACCGCCAGGUCAAAAUAUGGUUUCAAAACAGAAGAAUGAAAGAAAAGAAACUAAACAGAGACCGUUUGCAGUAUUACACCACGAACCCUUUGCUCUAGACCGUCUAAUGCGAAAAUAGUUAAUUUCAAGUUCGUGGAUGCACAUUCCGGCUCCAGGGCUGCUGCGAGACGAGAUGUGACCUUCAUUCCUCUGACAGACUUUCAUCGAAAUAAAUUCGUAUUCUCUAUAAUCUUUACGGUUGAAAGACUUCAUUAUUAUUAUUAUUAAAAUAUUAACUGGUUUAUUAUUACCUCAUUCUAUUACUUCCUACAGGACGAUUUUCUUUAUUUUUAGACUAAGACCUGUAAACUUUUGUGUCGCAUAGCAUCAAGUAUUCUUCAAAUUAAAUUUGUGUGCAAAAUGCCGGGGGAAGAGAGACUUUACUAAUGGACAAUAAGGCGAUUUUCACUUUGUUAUUUGUGGCUUUUUAUCAGGCUAUUAUUUUACAGUGAAUAACACACAUUUCAUGAAAAUAAGCCUAUAUGCGCACUGGGCGCAUCCUGCGCGCUAUUUUCUUACUUGAAUUCUGUAUUUCUGAGUUUAAAGUCGACAUAAGGUUUCGUUGUUGUUGAACACUUUAGCCUUUAUUAAUGUCUCAAAAUCAGAAAAUCAGAAGAAAGUCAUAUUUAUUUUGUGCGAAACGUGUACGUUAAGGUGAAAGCAAUACGUGAAACCCAAUAUACUUGGGGCUUCUGAGAAACCAAAAUCAGAACAAUAUUUUCUAUUUCAGCUCUGUGAUUUUCACACCUUUCUUUGAUAUGCGUGAAAUUUUCUAUUGUUGUUGCAGGAGCUCAUGUUCACCAUAAUCUCUCAUGUUUAUUGCAUCUCUUCAGUGUUAUAUAAAUCAGUCUCUUGAAACA